AGCAUAUAGCAAGCUUUGUCUGGCAAUUCUUACUUAAAAUUCAAAGUGAAAUCUGAUCGGAGGGCUCCUCUCUCCCGCCUCAACCUGUCGCCUCAUCCAGCGGACAAUUAGCGGAUUCUCCAGCGCCGGCGUCGAGGAAACUGACAGAGCAAACAAGGCGACACCACAAAAAUCAGAAUGCGAUAAGCCGCCGGAGGUGGAGGAGCAAACAAACCCGAAAACCCGAGCCACAUAAAUGUAUCUGCUGGAACCGGCCGGCAAGUCAGUUGUGAUUUGGCUUUCGAAUCAGAUUAACUUCGUUUUAUAACAUAUCGACAUCCACAAUGGCCACCUACGAGCAGGUUAAGGAUGUGCCCAACCAUCCUGAAGUCUAUCUGAUCGAUGUCCGGCGACCGGAUGAGCUGAGGCAGACGGGCCAGAUUCCAGCCAGCAUUAAUAUACCCCUGGAUGAACUGGAGAAGGCUUUGAACUUGGAUGGAGCUGCCUUCAAGAGUAAAUAUGGAAGAACUAAGCCCGAAAAAGGAUCAAAGAUCAUAUUCUCCUGUAAGUCGGGAAAUCGUGUCUUGGAGGCAGAGAAAAUUGCCAAGGGUCAGGGAUUUUCCAACGUGGUGAUCUACAAGGGCUCUUGGAACGAAUGGGCCCAAAAGCAGGGUCUAUAAGGAUUACUACUUAUGUAUACAGUGGAAAAGUUCAAUUUGGAAUUAUAAAAUGAUCAUCAAUAAACAAAUACGAAAUGGUACGCCUCUGGUUAACAAUACAGAG